AUGAAUAGUUCUUCAAAUCCUAUGUAAUUGAGUUUUCCUAAAACCAUUGAAAGUUCAUCCAUGGUUAAUAUUUCGAAAACGAAUUCUAGGGAAUUUACGUAAUGCUGUUGAAACUAUAUUCUAAUGCAUGCAUCAUUUUUUAAUAAAAUAAACUAUACAAGAAAAGAGAACAGAUGUAAUGUUAACUUUUUGUAACUGCUCACGAUAUUAUGAGUGGAAUGUAUGAAACAUCAAUUGGCAUCGAUAAACAUCGAUGAUUAAACAUAUAAAGACUCCGAUAAAAAAUAUAAAGUGAUCUUUUAUACAAGAGAUGACAACAUAUAUGCAUUUUAAAAGCUGUCAUUGGAUGCUACCAUUUGUUUCUUAUUAUUUUUAUAAAAAUGGUUUUGGCCCUUUUCAGAAUUUUACAAUUUAAGAAGAAUGGGGAACAAAAUAUUUAAAUUCAGUAAAACUUGUUUUUAAAAAGGAAGAGAGGCAGGAAUUUAAAUAAAAUAUUGUAAGUAAGCAUAAUGUAGCAAUGUAUCAUUUACAAUAUCAUUCACUUUACAAAAUUAAUUCUCCUAUGUUUUAAGGAUAUAAUUUAAAUAUUUUCAUUCAACAGGUUUUGUAGAAUGAUGAGGUUGAACUUUAAAACAGUAUUACUCAUAAUAGUAGUUGCAGUGUUGAGUUCAAUAUUGACAUCAUGGAAUAAUUGUGGCAGCCCAUCAUUUUUUAAAGGCACUGAUUGGAAAUCAAAAUUUCAGCAUAGAGACCGAGUAAAUUUAGAAACUGGAUAUCAAGAGAUAGAUUGUCAUAUAAAUGGUGAUUAUUCUAUUGGAUGCCGUAAAGAAGGAGAUGAAGUUUACAUACCAUUUUCAUUUAUUCAUAAAUAUUUUGAGAUUUAUGGGAAGUUAGCCACCUAUGAUGGACUAGAAAGAUUUGAAUGGUUGCACAGUUAUUCAAAAAUUGUUAAUCCUAAAGGGAAAUAUGAUCCCCGAGGAGUGUUUAUGACCUUUGAGAAUUAUAAUGUUGAAGUUCGAGAACGUGUUAAAUGCAUUAGUGGAAAUGAUGGAGUACCAAUAUCCACUCAGUGGGAGAGUCAAGGAUAUUACUAUCCUACACAAAUUGCUCAAUUUGGACUAUCACAUUACAGUAAAAAUUUAACAGAACCAGAGCCUCACAGAAAGAUAAUUGAGGACUCUGAUAAAAUUAAAAGAGAAUGGAUUAUACCUCAAGGAUCUAUUGCGUCUAGAGUAUUUGAUAAACAUGUUAACAGCCAUGUAAUGAAAUUUGCAACACCAGAAACCAGUACUUCUGGUAUUACUUUAAAGUUAGAUCAUGUACUAGAUUUUGUACUGAAAUGGGAUUUUAAUAUUAAAGAUAAUGGAAGUAUUAUGAUCACAUUGCAAUCUAGAGAAAGAAAGGAAAUAUAUUACCUUCAUUAUGUUACUAGUAAUAUAGUACUACAUACAUACAACAAUCACGUUUAUUACGGAAUUGGUCAAAUUAAUCAUCAGUGGAGAAGAUUUACUAGAGAUUUAGUUAUAGAUUUACAAAAAGGUUUAUAUUUAAAUGAUAAGAACAAGAAGAAAAUGUCCCGUUCAAAAUUAAAAAUUGUGAAAAUUACAUUGUACGGAUCGGGAAUGAUCGACAAUGUGACAUUAUCUACAAGUGAGCACAUGGAGCAAUUUUAUGAUGCAGCUAGAUGGUUUGUUAGUAAUCAAAACAUUAGUUCUGGUGGAUGGGCAAACCCUGUUAGAAGAAAAGUAGCAUCAGGAAUGGCUACUCUCGAACCUGGAUGGUUUGCAACCUUUUAAGUUAUCCUCUAGUAAAGGAGGAGUAGCUGCAAUAUUUUUAAAUAAAUACGUGUGGUACGAAGAAUACCCAACGACACCUUCUUCAUUUAUACUUAAUGGAUUUAUCUAUUCUUUAAUUGGUUUGUACGAUCUGAAAAGUAUAGCAACAGGUUCUGGUACUACAUAUGAUUUACGUCAUUUUACAUUAAAAACUGCUCCAAAUUUAGCUAGGUGGGAUUAUCAUUCAACUCACGUUAAUCAGCUUCUUCUUCUAAAUUCAAUUGAUAACGAUCCGAUUUUUACUACUACAGCAGAACGAUGGAUAGGUUAUAUGAAUGAUUAAGUUAAAAAUAAAUUAAAGAUAAAUAAUAAUAAAAAUGAGUGGUGGAGUGGUACCAAGUAAAUCAACAGUUUAUAUUUCAAAUUUACCUUUUUCAUUAACAAAUAAUGACAUACAUCAACUUUUACAGAAUUAUGGAAAAAUUGUAAAAGUGACAGUAAUGAAAGACAAAAUCACCAGAAAAAGUCGAGGUGUUGCAUUUGUAUUAUUUCUUACUCCAGAAGAUGCUAUUGCCUGUGCUAAAAAUUUAAAUAAUACAGAAAUAGGUGGUCGUACUGUAAAAAGUUCCAUAGCAGUAGAUAAUGGAAGGAGCACUGAAUUUAUACGUCGCAGAGACUAUCCAGAUAAAUCCCAAUGUUAUGAAUGUGGAGAAGAAGGACAUUUAUCAUACAGUUGUAGAAACAAUACAUUAGGACCAAGAAAUCCACCACUAAAAAAGAUUAGACUAAGAAAAAAACAGAAAGCUAAUACUCAGCAAACAAGUGAUUUUAAUAAAAAUAGUGAUGAUGAAUCAGCAGAAGAUAAUUGGGAUGAAGAAGUAGAAACAUUAAGUGCUGCUAUCGCAUUAGAGCAAAGACAGAAAGAAUUGGAAAAUAAUCAAAGAUUAGGAUAUAAGACAUAUGAGGAGGAAAAUAGAUUAAUUCAAAAAUCUGGAAAAAAAUAUAAAAAGAAUCAAUACUUUAGUGAUGAAGAAGAUUUUAGUGAAUAAGAUAAUGUAAUAAAAUAAU